CACAGCUUCUUAGAGAGUCACCCUUUCUGUGUGUGAGACAAACAAGAUGACGUUCAACUUGACACAUCUGCUGGUUUACUUGGGGUUGUUGGUAGGAGGACUAGCUCUCUAUGGCUUCGGCAUUGUUGUUUACCGAGUCUUCUUUCACCCUCUAGCCAAAUACCCAGGCCCAUUCCUCGCCAAGAUCACAGAUGGAUACCAGCUCUACCACGCCUGGAAGGGCGACAGGCAGCUCGAGUUCUGGCGCAUGCACCAAAAAUACGGCCCAGUUGUCCGCUUCGGCCCCAACUCGCUUUGCUUCAACUCCAACAAGGCCCUCAAGGAGAUCUACGGCUUCCGCACAAACGUCCGCAAGGCUGAAUUCUACAAUGCCUUUGUUCACCCUACCGCCAACACGCACAACACGCGCGACAAGGACGUCCAUGCCCGCAAGCGCCGUGUCAUGUCUCAGGCCUUCUCCGAGAGUGCUAUGAAGGAGAUGCAGCGAUACAUCUUGGGUAACGUCCGUACUUUCUGCGAGCAGAUUGGUAUGCUGGAGGGCUCUGGAGAAGAGACCAAGGGCUGGACCAAGCCCCGGAAGAUGAGCGACUGGUGCAAUUACCUUGCCAUGGAUAUUCUUGGUGAUUUGUGCUUCGGCAAGGCUUUCCAUAUGCUUGAGAGCCCGACUAACCGCUUUGCCCUGGAGCUUGUUGAAGCUGCUACAACCCGCCACCUUCUCUGUGGAACCAUGCCCAUCGUGAACAAACUCAACCUGGAUAAGAUCCUCUUCCCUGGACUCGCUGCUGGUCGUGCUCGCUACAUGGGCUACAGCAAGGGCCAACUUGCAGAGCGCACCAAGCUUGGCGAGGAGACAGAUCGCCGCGAUUUCUUCUAUUAUCUUCUUAAGGCCCGCGAUCCCGAGACUGGCCAGGGCUUCAGUACUCCUGAGCUCUGGUCCGAGUCCAACCUGCUUAUCAUUGCUGGAUCUGACACCACAUCGACCGCGAUGGCUGCCACUCUCUUCUACCUUGUCCGAUGCCCUCGCGCUCUCGAGCGAGUCACCGAAGAAAUCCGAAGCAAGUUCAACGAUGUCGAGGAGAUCUGCCAAGGCGCUACUCUCGCAUCUUGCACCUACCUCCGAGCCUGUAUCGAUGAAGCCAUGCGUCUCUCUCCAUCUGUCGGUGGUAUUCUUCCCCGUGAGGUUCUCUCCGGCGGUAUCACCGUUGAAGGCCGUGCCAUUCCCGAGGGCACCGUUAUCGGCGUCCCCCAUUAUACCAUCCACCACAACGAGUCCUACUACCCUUCACCAUAUGAGUACGUUCCUGAGCGAUGGCUCGUUGGCGCUCUUAACCCCCUCACUGGCGAGAAAACAACCGAGGAUGAGGUUGCUCUGGCUGCCAGUGCAUUCUGCCCCUUUAGCAUUGGGCCCCGUGGCUGUAUCGGCAAGGGUCUCGCCUAUGUUGAGAUGACAAACACACUUGCCCGCACUAUGUAUCUUUAUGAUAUGCGCAAGGCUAUUGGUAUCGUGGAUCCUGCUGAGGGCAACCCCAAGAAUGAAUGGGGUCGACACCGACCAGGCGAGAUGCAAUUGGUUGAUACAUUUACGAGUGCUAAGAACGGACCUAUGAUUGAGUUCCGUAAGGCUGCGCAUAUCAACGCGUGAGCUCAAAAGUAUAAAAGUAGGAGAGAAAUAUGAGUUCAUGAAAUGGACGUACAGGACAUAAGAUACAGACACCUACCUACCUAGUCACGAAGAUGUUAAUUUUGGAUCCAGCAGGAGGAGAACAUAAAACUCAUGAUUGAAUGUUCUACGAAUGGUUAAAUGAAACAAAAAU